AUGGAGGGCCUCAAGACCCUGUUGGUGGCCAAUCGAGGCGAAAUAGCCUGUCGACUGAUCAAAGCCGCAAAGGAGCUGAAUAUCAGAGUCAUAACAAUAUAUUCCGAGACAGACAGUGCUUCUUUGCAUGUCAUGUUGGCGGAUAAAGCGUGCUUACUGAAGGGUGACGCGCGCACGGCAUAUCUCGACGGGUCACAAAUUAUCGAGAUUGCCAAAACAAACGUGGUCCAGGCCAUUGUUCCUGGUUAUGGCUUUCUCUCGGAAAAUAGGCAAUUCGCCGCUGCAGUUGAAGCUGCAAGCAUGGUCUUCGUGGGCCCUUCUCCCCAAACGAUUGAAGCCUUUGGACUCAAGCACAUCGCGCGGGACCUAGCAAUCAAGGCUGGAGUACCAGUAGUUCCUGGAACGGAAGGUCUGUUGGACACAGAAGCUGCCGCCAUCGACAGCGCACGGCAAAUCGGAUACCCGGUCAUGUUGAAAGCGACAGCGGGAGGAGGCGGGAUGGGCUUGAUGGUGUGUAACGACGAACAGGAUGUCCACCGUCACUUCCGCGCCGUGAAAUCUCGUGGCGACACUUUGUUCAAGAACUCCGGAGUCUUCAUUGAACGGUACUUCGCCGCCAGCCAUCAUAUUGAGGUUCAGAUAUUUGGAAACGGCCACGGGAAGGUGAUCAGCAUUGGCGAGAGAGAAUGCUCUAUUCAACGGAGGCAUCAGAAAGUGAUUGAAGAAUGCCCCAGCCCGUUUGUGGUGUCACGGCAUCCCGAGUUACGAACCAAACUCACGGAAUGCGCAAUUGGCCUCGCGGCGAGCGUCAAUUACCGCUCAGCCGGCACAGUUGAAUAUCUUGUCGACGACGAAACCGGUGACUUCUUUUUCCUGGAAAUGAAUACACGCCUGCAAGUUGAACACGGCAUUACCGAAAUGUGCUACAAUGUGGAUCUCGUUCAACUCAUGUACCAGCAAGCAAAUGGACAGCUCCUCGGCAAAGGGGGCAUUGGCGUCCAAGAGCUCGACCGCCUGCAAAACAGGCUGCUGAGCCCACGCGGACACGCCAUAGAAGCGCGAGUCUAUGCAGAAAACGCCGCCCGCGAUUUCGCCCCAGCCACGGGACUCUUACAGCAAGUCGAUUGGCAUAUACUCCCCGGCACCAGGAUCGACUCCUGGAUCAGGGCCGGUAACACAGUCGGUCACGAAUACGAUCCCAUGCUUGCAAAGGUGAUACAGUUUGCGUCCACCAGAGACGAGGCAAUUGCUGCCUUGGAUACAGUUCUUUCUAGGAGCGACAUUUGCGGACCAGUUACCAACUUGGGCUUCCUGCGGUCAAUUAUUCAGCAAGGGCGAUUCAAAGCUGGAGAUACAACCACGGCAUUCUUAAGCAACUUCCGGUACCGGCCAACCGCGAUCGAUGUCAUCUCGGGCGGCUCUCAGACCCUGGUUCAAGAUUUUCCCGGAAGACCGUCCGUUGGCCACGGCUUUGGACACAGUGGGCCGAUGGACCCGAUAGCUUUUCAGAUCGCCAAUGCCCUGGUUGGCAACCCUCUCGGUACUGAGGGCCUCGAGAUUACCAUCAGUGGGCCGGAGUUGCUUUUUAUCAGUCCAGCCGUCAUUGCACUGUGCGGGCCACCUGUCCAUGCAGCUCUUGAUGGCCAGGAGGUACCCUUAUGGACCCGGUUGGAUAUUGCAGCAGGACAAAGGUUGAGAAUCGGACAAAUAAUGACCGGCUGCCGAGUUUAUAUGGCUGUCUACGGAGGCUUCCCGAGAAUUGCAAAAUGGUUCGGUAGCAAGGCCACCAAUCCUGGCGUUUCUGCAGGUGGAUAUCAAGGUCGCGCCCUGCGGUCAGGGGAUCUAUUGGAGGUGACUGGCGCCGAAAACCUCCCUGAAUUGGGAUGUGCUAGGUCCCUAAACAUUCCAAAAAGUCUUUGGCCGAGAUACUCUCAUCAUUGGAACCUGCUGGCAAUACCUGGCCCAUAUGAGACAGGUUAUUUGACGGCGGAAGACAUCGACAUGCUAUAUUCACAGACAUGGAAAAUCAGUCAUAACGCCGCUCGAGGCGGUAUUAGGCUCAUUGGACCGGGACCCGAAUUUGCACGCGCUGACGGUGGAGACGGAGGUUCCCAUCCCAGCAAUGUCAUCGAAUAUGGAUACCCUAUCGGUGGAUUAAACUGGACUGGAGGCGAGGCUGUUUUGCUUCCUGUGGAUUCACCGGACUUUGGAGGUUUCAUCUGCUCCUUGACUGUGGUUAAGUGUGACUGGUGGAAAAUGGGCCAGAUGCGGCCAGGAGAUAGCGUCCGUUUCCAUCGGGCUAAUCUCUCCACCGCGUUGAGCUGCCGGAGGAGAAACGAGGAUUUCAUCGCAAACAUCGUGACCUCUCUGAAGUCAGGAGCAUGGGAUCUGGUGACGGGAAUUGACGAUGCAGCGCCAGAUUCCGAGAGCUACUCCGAGGGUGCAGAUAUUGUCAAAAUCAUCGAAGAGACGGCCCAUCGGCCAAGGGUCACUUAUCGAGCAGGCGGUGACAGCUUUCUACUGGUGGAUUACGGCGUCGGCAAGGCUGACCUGAAUCUGAAGUGUCGUGCUACCACACUCAAGAGGUCCUUCGAAACAGGGCAGAAUGUUGGCAGCUUGAAGACUACCGGUGGGGAGGGUGCUGUGCUCAACAUGGUGACCUGUGGAAACUCGCUCAUGAUCCAUUUUGACAGUCUUCGUCUGGCGAGAGAGGACUUGGUCAGUCGGUUGGUAGAGCUCGAAGAGAGUCUUGGGUCGAUGAUGAAUUCGACAAUCCCCCAUCGCCGAUUUCGACUCCCGAUCGUCUUUUCCCACCAGAAAUUGGAAGACACCAUCCAUCGAUACACGGUGAACCAACGAUCCUCGGCCCCUUACCUUCCUGACCCGUUCCAUUUCAUGGCCGAAAACAACGGAAUCACGGUCCAAGAGCUCAAGGCGCUGCUCUUGAAUCUCGAGGCGGUCGUGAUCGGCGUUGGAUUCCUGAUGGCCCUUCCACAGUGCAUUCCAGCCGACCCGCGUCACCGGCUCAACGUGCCCAAGAUGACUCCGAGUCGAGUUUUCACUCCUGGCGGUACUGUCGCGUGGGGCGGGAAUGCCAUUGCCAUCUACACCCAGGACUCACCUGGAGGCUAUAUGCCCGCUGGCUUGACGAUUCCGGGGGUUGACAUGUAUGGCUACAAGGCGGGAUUCUCCCGAGACCGCCCGUGGAUGUUCGAAGACAUGGACAUGAUCACAUUCUACGAAGUGGAUCCCCAAACUUACGACGUCAAAAUGGCCGAGUUCAUCUCGGGAAACUACCAAUUCGAAUAUGUCGAUGGAGUCUUUAGCCUGGCGGAUCACAACAAGCUUCUUGACGCCGUGGGAGAAGAGGCCAAGGAGUUGGAUGCCACCAGGGCGGUCGCCCAACAGCGUAUGGCGACGCUGGAGAAGGACUCGUUCGAGAAGUGGGUGGGAGAGAAGAAGACGAGAGAAGCAGGAAUCAACCACGCUGAGCUGCUCUCAGGAGGAGAUCCCAACGUAGAAGUCAUAGAGGCCCCGACCAACGCCAACGUUUGGAAAGUGACCUCGGCCAACGGCCAGAUUCUGAAGGCCGAACAAUCCAUCAUCACUCUGGAGGCGAUGAAGAUGGAAAUCCAGGUGUCGGUCCCAGAUCGACUGGAUUCGGCCACUUUGGAACGUCUCCUGGUGGCGCCCGGAGAUAUCGUGGAAAGCGGUCAAGCGCUGGCCAUUGUCAGGCUACCAAAGAAAAAGUAG